AUGAUUGUCGUGAACAAGAUGUUUUCAAUAAUCCCUUUGUUCGUCGCAUCCGUAUUCGUCCAGACGAUUGACGCGCAAUAUCUUGGCAACGCGUUUGCAAACCCUGGAUUCAGUCAGCCAUUGAGAAAUCCUGGCUACCCUGCUAAUCCAGGUUUUAACCAAGCUGCCGAAAAUGCAGCACUAAACAUGGCUUAUGGUAACUUGGCUAACGGCAUGGCAAUGAACCCCGCGUUCGCUAGCAUGGCUGGUUACAACCAAGAGUUGGGCUCCUUUAACGGUGGUGGUCUGAUAGUGACCAGCUCUUCGCCAAUCGCACCAAGUGGCAUGACGGUGCAAUCGGAGAACUUGGUUGUCGAAGGUCCACUAGCGGUUACUGGGCAGUUGCCAUUCUUGGGGGUCGUCGAGGUGGAGGGGCCAUUAGCGGCUACUGGUCAAGGGGCUGUGGCUUUUGGCUGCGGGAAUGGAAAUGUCGGUAUCGUUGGGGAAAACUUAAACGCACCGGAACCCUAUGCUAAUCUAAGAGCUGGUUAUAAUCUGGCAAGUCAAGGUAACAUGCUAGGGCGUCUGCCAGGCAACGGUCUAGGAUUGUAUUAG